AUGUCAAAAGAUAAUGCUAGCUUCAAGAAAAAAGUUGACGUUAUUUCGAAGAACAACCCAGUCCCCGAUUUCGAUUUUGAGGAGACUUUUAGGUUAAUCAAAGUGGAUGAUGAACAUUACAUAGGUGCCCAUCCUCUUAAAUUGCCCAUAAAUGGAGCAAGAGGUGUAUAUGGGGGACAUAUAGUGGCUCAAUCAUUGUAUGCUGCUAUGGAAUCAAGUGAUAAAACUCUUUACAGGCCAUAUGCGUUCCAUUCAUAUUUCCUUCGUCCUGGAAAUCAUAAGCAUCCAAUGGAAUUCAAAGUUCUUAAGUUGGAUGACACAAGUGACCCGGAUAUCAUUUACAGAGAUAUUAUGGUGAGUCAAAACGGCAAGACAAAAUUGAGUUGCAGGGUUAGCUUGAUCAAAAAGAACUGCUCGUUCAAGCCACCCAAAGAACAAGAAAAAGAAGACAAAGAAAUUGGUAUCAAAGAAACAGAGAGCCCCUUUUCAAAUGAAAAAAUUGACCUGGACUUCUAUAAAGUCAAUCAUACAACUUUCAUCUCGAACGCUUACCUGGAUGAAUUCCUUGAUUAUACAAAAUGUCCGGAAGAGCUCCAAUUAGAUCCAUCGGAGAGGUCAAUUACAGUCUAUAGUAAGAUUAAGCAAGAUACUCCGAUAAAAGACCCCAACAUCAAUUUUUUAGGUCUUGCAGAUUUGUCUGAUUCCGCCUUUUUGACCACAUUGGCAAGGGUAUUACAUGUGCCCUGGAACUUAACAGAAGGAACAGAGGAACCCGACCAAAAUAAAAGUGCAUUGGAGCAAUUGUUGACUCAGCUGUUUAAUGUUCUUCAUAUUUUCCACUACAAUGCAAUGUCAAUGGAUCACCAUAUCUACUUUCAUGCGGAUUGUGAUCAACUUGAUGUCUUUUCGUCAUGGCACAAGUUCAAGUAUCAUUACAAACGGCUCAGCAACAACCGAGCUCUAGUGCAGGGUGGCUUUUUCGACAAUAAGGGAAAUUGUAUGGCAACUGUCAUACAAGAAGGACUUGUGUACAUGGUUCCUGAAAUGGCACUGAGAUUGUGA